CUGUUAUUCAUGAGUGUGAAGGAGUGGGGAUUAACCUUUACUACGUCAAACAACGUCAGUUAUCCACUUGAUUAUACUGUCUAUAUGGAGAGCAUUUCUUUUCCGCCUGUAAAUGAAACUAGAGACACUUUUGUCACAAUAGAGCCACUGCAGAGACAUAUUGACGAGGAUGGCAAUUUAAAUGCUGACUUAUAUUUCGACGAAGCUGGAAACUUCCUGGGCGUGCUCGGUCUGGAGCUAGAUUUCCCACGUUACGUUAAACAGGAAUAUGGGGCAUCAACAAGUUUUAAUCAUUUGCACCUUGUGACGGGAGAUAACAUUGUUGACAAUUAUUAUACUUGGUUUGAAAAUGGAACGGUGGAACUCAUUGGCAGGUAUCCUGGUGUAAUUGGUAUUGCCGGAGGAAUUGGAGCAUUAUGUGAAAAUUAUGAGAUGUCAGAAUAUGACUUUCGAGUUUCAUUUAAUGAAUUUUAUUCAGCGGCCUUUGUAAACCUCCUAGCACACGAGUUAGGACAUAAUGCUGGAUCCUGGCAUGAUACAUCAACGCGGUGCCCAGCUAGCGACUCUUAUAUCAUGGCCCCGUCUCUUUCUCCCAAGCUGACAACUAUAUCGUCGAAUUAUUAUAAAUUUUCUCUUUGUUCUGCUGAAUACUUCGCAAGCUACUUAUCUAGAUUCACUAGUGAAGAGAUUGCAAGCUGCAUUUACACUGAACAUCCUACAAAGGAAGAGUUCCUUUCGACUUUCUGCCGGGGUAUUGAAGGAUUUACUUACACCCCAGACGCUCAUUGCAAACUUUUCUUUGGAGCAAACAGUUACGUUUGUACGGAGGGAAGCGACUUGCUGGCGAACGGAUAUGUCCAUGGUAAAAGCUGUGAAACAUAUAUAGAAGACUUGAGCUUUGUACCAAUAUUCAGAUGUGCAAUGAAUAAUGAUUGUAUUGAUACUCCAAAUAAAAUCACUCAUGUAUUUGAUGGAACUAAGUGUUCGAAUAACAAACCAAAAGGAAAAAAGGUGUGCUACGAAGGUAAAUGCCAAUCGAAAAUAAAGAUAUGCAAGAACAAGCAGCAGACGUCUAAGAAAAAAAGCAGCGGAAAGCGAUAAAAGUAAAUAAUGUUGUGACUAGAAUUUGACGAAAGUGAAAAAAAAACACAAAAAAACAAUAUAUAAAAGGAUAAGAAAAAGAUUUUUGUCGGAGUCUUAAAGUUUAAAAUGUAAUGUGAUAUAUUUAUUUAUCUAUAUUGUUUAUAGUUUAAAUAAUGUAUCUCUUUCUUCCGUAAAGAUGAUGUCAUAAAAUUACAAUAUCAGAUAAAUGUUAUAUAUUUGAUAUAA